AUUAUAGGUAUUUCUGAUGUCACGGUGUAGGCAUUUUUUGAAAACUAAAUCAAGCCACUGAAUAACAGUGAUAACUAGGACUGCAAUUUGUCACCCAGCAAGAAAAAAAAUUCUAUUGCGUUCAAAUCUCCUUUAUUGUAACCAAAAAACCGCUAGCUUUACAAUAAAGAGAUGAUGUUCAAACAUUAUUUUCCUUUAUUAAUCACACUGUUUUGUGCACACAAAAAACAGGACGAGUGUGUGAAUAUAACCUCAUUUACGUAAGUGAGUUGACACUUAGCAAUUGAUCGAUUUAAACCACAAUAGUAAUAAAUUAGUCAAUUAGACAUUUCGUUCUGAUUUCAAAUAUCAGAAAUUUGAAAGUGGUUGCAAGUUUAAAUCUCUAGUAUCAUUUUUUUGUCUUAAUUUUCUAUUUUGGUUUCAUCCCCUUGUAGAAGAACAAAGGAAAUAUGAUAUGUUAUUUAAAAAAAAAAAAAAAAAAAAAAAGGAAAUAUGUUGAUCUAGUUAUGAUACCGUCCACUUCAACAAGCCCAGGCCCAAUACGGCCCAAGGACACCCACCAUUACAAACAAUUCUGUUAAAGGCGUGAUUGAUUCCUCUCGCAAAAUCUCAAACGCUUCUCAGUUUCCCGCCAAAACAACUUUCCCAACUUCAAAACGAAAAUCCACAAAUCGAAGAUCGAAACUUUCUGAAGAGAGAGAGAGGGAGAGAGAGAUGGAGGCGGAGAAAGCAGGGGCGUCGUUGGACUCGCUGAUCGCCGGGUUCAACAGUCGGAUCUCGGAGCUCAAAGAACUCGUUAUUGCGCGAAACAUGUACCCAGCCAGCAGCGUCACCGAUUUGUCGGCCGUCGACGCCGCCGUGAAGGCCAUGGAGCUUCAGGUCCAGGCCAUCAAGGACCGGGUUGGCGACGAAACCCUAGCCAUCCCCAAAGCAAAAGUAAAACUGAUCGAUGCAUCGCUGAAGCAGCAAAGGAAAUUGAAGGAUAUGUCAGUUUAUGCCCCCACUCAUGUUCCUGAAAGGAUGUCAAUGUUGAAUUUGGAUACAAACAGAUGUUUAUUUCCAGAAAGCUCUCAGCAAAACACUGGUUCUGGGACCUUCAAUCUUGACGAGGAUCCUGCACCACCACCACCACCACCACCACCAAAGGAGAAAAAGGGUCGUUCCACACCACCAUUGUGGUUUAUAAGUACUGAAGAGUUGGAUUCCUUGUCAUCAUACAUGAGAGGAAGGCUUACACUAGAGAAGGUCAAUGCAGCUAUUAAUGACAUGGCAACAUAUGCUGAAGCAAAUUAUCAGCUCAUAGCUGCUCCAAAGAAGAAUGUGGCAGGGGAUCGAUGGGAAAAAGCCUUGGAAAUAAGAGAUAUAGCAAUGCAUGAAGCAGUAAAGGGAAAACACUUCUUUCUCGAAACUGACAUGAAGGGACCAUCCUUGAAGCUUGACAACACUGGAAAAGCAAUACUAACUGACUCUUUACAAAUUCAGCUACUUACAGUGAUGAAACUUUUAUUCUCGGUGCCUUUUCCUGCUUCACAGGUCCUUCGUCACCUUGGUCGGGUAAAUGAGACACGGAUUGGUCAUCAUCGGGUGAUCAUUCUUUUGAAGCCUCACUGAUAGGGCAUGCUUUCUGGACAAAUGUUAUUGCUUCCCUUGCAUCUGGGGAGACAAGUUAUGGAGAAUCUCCCAUCUUGGCAACCCAUGAUGGGAUUGAAUUUGCUUCUUGUGAUAGACCAAGUAAAGUUGUGCAAGGGCGUGCAUCUUUUAAGCUCAAGAUAUCUCAGAUACUGAGAUACAGAAAAACAUAGUUUAGGCACCUUCUUUCAAGAUAUAUGAGGUUCUUCCCUUAUACAUUGGCCAUACAUCCAUCACAUUAAGUAUUGACAACAUUAUAAGUCU